CAUUACCCCAGGUUCUGAAGAAAAAGUGAGUUCCUGAAAAAAAAAUCAUAUUUGCAGAUACUUGAAAAAACCUCAAGUUUUGCAGUCCCCGCCUCUAUCUUGUCAGCUCCAUCACAAGAAACCUGCAAAGAGGAAGAAAGAGGAGAACAGGAGCAGAUUGGACAGAUGAGAGUAAAAGGACACAUUUGUCAAGAGAAGAUGGAGCAUGAAUUUACUAUUAAUGUUUCUCUAUGUAUUCCUGAAAAUGAUUAUACAAUAAUGAACACAGCUUUUGUUCAGAGAGAUGAUUCUACAUUCGAUGAAGACCCAGAGACAGUGAUGCCGAUUAAGCAAGAAGGUAUUCCUGGAGACAAUGCAACAGGUUCAGACCUGCAUCACCACCUCCCACUGCCUCCAGUCCAAACAGCAGAUUAUGAUAAAGUUCCAACAACUGCACGGCUCAAAUGGACUGAAGAAAUGCAGCUGGAGAACCCUUAUGCGUGUCUGGAGUCAGUGUCACCUGGAACCUAUGUUGCCAUGCAUAGUCCUGUGAACUGGUCACAUGGUUCCAAGAGGACUGCUGGGAAAGAAUCUUUGUACAAAAAAAUAUCACUUGUUUUCUUCUCUCUGUGGACCAUCUGCCUGAUUGCUUGUAUCACUGGACUAAUUUUUCUUUCUCAACAGAAAAGUGAAGAUGAGGUGAAACUUGGGCUUAACACCAAGAUAAUCUCUGGCCUACAGGGGGAGCUACGUGCCGUGGAAGACUUUUGCUCCUCUGUGCUAAUGUGUGCUGCCAAUGAAACCUGCCAUGCAAAUAAGAUGUCAGAAAUAUCAAUGAGGACAGGCAUCAUCAUUAAACCAGUGUGGAGCUGGAUUCGUCAAGCAGCAGUCAACGUGCAUCUUGAUCCCAGUACAGCUCAUCCUAAACUCAUCAUCUCUGGGGACUGGAAAUCAGUGAGACUUGGGGAGAAUCGGCAGACAUUUCCUGAGAACUCAUUGAGGUUUGACCAUGUCGUCAAUGUCCUUGGAAAGGAGAGCUUCUCUUCCGGCAGGCAUUACUGGGAGGUUGAAGUGAAACAUAAGACCGACUGGACUCUAGGGGUGGCGAAGAGGACAGUCUCAAGAAAGGGAACUUUACUUAUUCGACCUGACGCUGGAUUCUGGACCAUAAUUCUGAAAGAUGGGAUGUACAAGGCUAACAGUGAGUCCCCUGUCCUUCUUUCCUUGAAGGAGACGCCCCAGAAGGUGGGGGUGUAUGUAGAUUAUGGGAGGGGUCAGGUCUCCUUUUACAGUGUGGACAGCAGGACUCACAUCUUCUCUUUCUCUGGAUAUAAUUUCACCGAAGAGCUACAUCCUCUCCUGCGACCGGGCCUCAAUGAUGACGGCAAAAACACAUCACCACUGAUCAUCACUCCCAUCGAUGUUCACCAAAAAUAAGUCGGUGAUGUGCACUUUAGAUUAUAAUCACACAGAAGCGUGUAUUUCGAGGGAAGGAGACUUUGACAUUUUAGAAAAAAAGAAGAGGCAUAAGGUUGUAUCUGAGUCUUUGAAAAGCAAACAGACACCUGGAUAUGACUUGUGUACAUCACCCUCUGUUGUUCAGAUGCUUUCUGUGAUCAUGGUCAGCCUCUCCUCUCUGUGACAUAUCUUGAUACGUAUUGAUAUAUUUUCAAAGUAUUUUGAUUACUGUUAAUUUGCUUUUUCAGCAAUUAUUCUUCACAGAGACGGAAUGCAUUAUGGUUCAUGCUGAGUAUAUUGCUCAUGUCUGUGAUUAGCAGGAGCUUG